AUGUCAUCCAGCGUUCACGAAGAGUCCUCCGACAACGAUCAAGACUCGUUGUUGGAGUUUGAAAGAUUAGAGUCGACCUUACCGCCAGCUCUUAAAAGAUCUGCAUCGUCUUUGCUAGAAGCAAUCCAGUCAACAGCAAUAUCAACACCGACUUCGACUAGUGAGCUGGAGACGCAUGAUUCUAGAAUUAGAUCCCCUCAACCACAACAUGCAAAGGACUUUUUCACUCAUGCAACAUAUCAAAUGAUCCCCGGUAGAACAGCCAAUACAACACCCAACUUGAAAAAUUUGAAUCACCGACAGAAUUUGAUUAAUAAACUUUCUAAAUCUGAGAAUGGUAGAGAGGCUUCUCCGAUCCCAUUACCGCGACCAAAGUUCAAUGAAAGUAUCUACAAACCAGCAAUGAACUCGAAGCAACCAUCAACGGGUGUUUUAUGGGCAACCGAAAGAGCAAUGGAGUAUGGCUAUGAUUCUGAAAAUGUUGGAGAUUGGGCCAAUUUAGGACAAGGCGCACCAGAGCAUGGCGAUACAGUUCCAGGAUCGUUCCCUAGACCCAAGACAAUUAAUGUCCCCGAUGCUUCAAGGGAGUACGCACCAACAGCGGGUAUCAAGGAGUUGAGAGAAGCCGUGGCAAAUUACUACAAUGAAACUUAUAGAACGACAAAGCGUAGUAAGUAUACUUACAAGAAUGUAUGUAUUGUGCCUGGUGGAAGAGCAGGGUUGACAAGAAUAGCCUCGAUUAUUAGCGACUGCUAUUUGUCAUUCUUUUUACCUGAUUACACCGCUUACGCAGAGAUGUUGUCGUUAUUCAAAAACUUUUCACCUAUCCCAGUUCCCUUGAAAGAAGGAGAUAACUAUGAGAUGCACUUGAAAAUGAUUAAAGAGGAGUUGACAAGAGGCGUAAGUGCAUUGUUGACUUCCAAUCCGAGAAACCCAACAGGUCACUGUUUGAAACCUGAGCAGUUGAAUCAACUCCACAACAUGUGCCGUGAAAAGUGUUUAUUAAUCAUGGAUGAGUUUUACUCGCAUUACUACUACGAUGAUGGAUGCACGGGUUCCUCAAUAAGUUCUGCUGAAUAUGUUGAGGAUGUUAACUAUGACCCGGUUUUGAUAUUAAAUGGAUUGACAAAGGCCUUUAGAUUGCCAGGAUGGAGAAUAUGUUGGAUAUUAGGGCCCGAAGACUACAUAAGUGCAUUGUCUUCAGCAGGCUCGUUUUUAGAUGGAGGUUCGAAUGCGCCAUUUCAGUACGUUGCUGUUGAUUUCUUACAACCGCAAAAGGUGAGAAAUGAAAUGAUGGCAUUGCAAGUGCAUUUCAAGCUGAAGCGUGACUACAUUAUCCGCAGGUUAUCGAAAAUGGGGUUCAAGUUUACAGAAAAAAACAUACCAAAUUCAACAUUUUAUCUCUGGUUGAACUUAUCACAUUUACCCGGCAAAUUAAGCAAUUGUCUUGGGUUUUUCCACGAAUGUUUACAUGAGAAGGUUAUCGUUGUUCCUGGAUUUUUCUUUUUAAUCAACCCACAAAAUUUGAGCCAUUUAGAGGAAGCUAUAUGGUACAACUAUGUUAGAAUAAGUUACGGUCCCGAAUUUCACCAUUUGGAAAAGGGGAUGGAUGGUAUCGAACGUAUCUUGUAUAGAUUUGGCUGUUUGCCAUACGAAAAAAAGUAG